UUUCCUGCACAUUGGCAAUGGCUGGAUCGCGGGUCCAUGCAUGCAUCUCUCAAUAUCAGACGGAAGCUGCCAACAAUGGUCUCUUCUGACCGGAUAAAGUAUUUUAAAGCCGGGCUGCAAUGGGAGAUGAAUACUUUUGUCACACCACUCCUGCAGUACUCAGCUUCACAGAAUAUCGUAUCGGUUCUUCCGGUCCCUGUCGCUUAUAUCCUUAAGUUGUAUCCCAUGCUAACCUGGAACACGGUUCCGGACGACAUCUUUUCAUUCCACCUCCUUUCAUUUGAUGAUGACGCAAUUGCAGGACAUCCGUCCCGGAUUGUGUUUGCAUAUACAUGUCCAUGGUGGAUGGGAAACACCACAAUCCCGGAUCAACCAUGGCAGUGGGAUGAAAUAAUGGCUUCCUGUGUCUCUCACUACCAGUAUUGGGCGCUUAAUGUUGAGGAUGAUGCUUUGGUUCUUCCAGAGAAGUUGAGAAACACUUUGACUCCACCACUUAUGGGACUGAGGUGGAUUAAAGAACGCAUGGAAGCAUUGAUGGAGGAGCAAGAUGAGGGCAUCAAAGCCAAGAUGGCAGAGGUGAAGAUGUACACUGACAUGUUAGAGAAAUUGAGGAAAGGCAAAGGAGUGUAGUCC